AUGGUACGAUCACGGUUUCAAAUCUUGAAAGAGGCAACAUUCGGGCUUGGUCCAGCGGAAAUUCGCUGCCUUCUCUUGGUGCUGUUGAUCAGAAAACCUGAGUUCAAGAUCGCUGAACUUGCUUCAAUUUCCGGCUAUGCGGAGGGAACUGCACGAAUGACGUAUCACCGCGCUAUCGGCAACCUUCGUCGCGCCCAUGAAAAUAAGAUUGCCAAGCAGGAGAACCAGGUACCUGAGGACGAUGAGAAUGAUGAGAAUGAUGGGGAUGACGAGAUUGCCAACUAG